AAGGUGAUAAAUGUGUAGCUUGUCCAGAAGGAACUUUUAAGCUAAAUAAUAGCGAUAGAAUAUGUACUAAAUGUAUGAAAGGAUGCAUAUCUUGUACUAAUGGAACUUCUUGCACUAAAUGUGAUAAAGAAAUAUGUACUUCUUGUGAUCCAACUAUUUUUUUGUAAACAAAAGACUCGACAUGUGUUGAAGUUUGUGAUAGUAAUUAAUAUUUAGAUACUAGUGUAGUUAAUAUGCAUAAAUGUAUGAAUUGCAAUAUUAUAUGUCUUACAUGUAAAGAUGCGAUUUCUUGUAAAUCUUGUGCAGAUGGCAAAUUUUUAAAUACUAGUACUUUGUUACGUGAAGAAUGCGAUAAUUCAUGCGCUACUUGUGAAGAUGGUACUGAUAAAACUAAAUGUCUGUCCUGCUCAUCUCCUUUAUAUUUGCAAUAACUGGAAAAAAAAUAGCGUCACGGAAUGCUAUCCAGGCUAUUAUCUGAAUUCUUCUAAAAUCUGUUAAGAAUGUAACAUAUCCUGUGCUACAUGUAAAAAUGGAACUUCCUCUGUCUUACUUGUUAUGAGCCUUAAUAUUUACAAACAAACGAAACUUGCGCAGAUUCAUGUUUACCGAACGAAUAUCCGGAUAUUACUAAAACAUGUUAACCAUGUGAACUAACAUGUUUAACAUGUGUUGAUCGAAGUUCAUGUUCUACAUGUGCUGACGGUAUGUAUUUGGAUUCUGUUACUAAAUAUUGCAAUCCGUGCACUACUGUUAAUUGCAAAAUUUGCGAUGAUAAUCCUUCUAAUUAAUGUACAGAAUGCGAUUAAUUUUAUUAUCUAACUUAAGACAAUAAAUGCGUUAAUAAUUGUUAAUAAGAUUAACAUAAUACAUAUGGAGAUGAUUAAAGGAAAUGUUAACCAUGUAAUGCGACUUGUCUUACUUGUUCAAAUGCAAUUUCGUGUGAUUAAUGUAAUGUUGGUUAUUAUGUUAAUACAAAGAGUGGUUUAUGUGAAAAAUGUAAUGAUAAUUGUUAAACCUGUGAAGACGGAAUAGUUGACAAUUAAUGCGUUACAUGCAAUAAUCAUUAGGUUCUUUUAUAAACUAAGAAAUGUGCUGAUAAUUGUGAUAGUAAAUAAUAUCUGGAUGUAAAUAAAAUUUGCUAAUAAUGUGAUCCCUCUUGUAACUCUUGUUCGAAUUCUAAUACAUGUGAUACUUGUGUUGAAGGUAGGUAUUUGGAAAUAAGUACUUCGAAAUGUGAAUUAUGCGACUUAAAUUGUAAGGCAUGUAUAGAAAAGGAUAAAUGUUAAUCUUGUGUAUAGAAUUAUUUUUUAAACUAAAAUAAAUAAUGUAAAUAAGAAUGUGAUUAAUAAACUUUUCCAGAUUCUAAUGGAAUUUGUUAACCAUGUCCUUCUAAUUGUUUAAAUUGUAGAUAAUCUAAUGAAUGUACAGAAUGUUUUUAGGAAUUUUAUUUAUCUAAUAGACUCUGCAUUAAAGAAGUUGUUUGCUCUGGAAAUACUUAUUUUGAAUAAAAUUAAUGUAAAACAGAAUGUUCUAAAAAAAAUUUUAAAAAUUCGAUGAAUAAUAGAUGUGAUCCUUGCCAUGUUACAUGCAAAAAAUGCACAGAAGCAAAUAAAUGCUUGGAGUGUGAAAACGAACUUAUUUUAAAUGAUGAUGGUAAAUGUGAGAAAAAAUAAGUAUAAGUAUAAGAAUAACAAAUACAUAAAGAAACACAUGAAGAAACGCAUGAAGAAACGCAUAAAGAAACGCUUGAAGAAACGCUUGAAGAAACACAUUAAGAAACACAUUAAGAAGAAACACAUGAAGAAACGCAUUAAGAAAUCUAUAUAGAAACGCAUAAAGAAACACAUAAAGAAACUAGUGUUAUUAGUAAGUCAAAUAAUAUGGGAGAAGCAUAAUUUAAACCUAAAGUAGCAAAAUCUUAAAUAAUAAAUGUAGAUAAUUAGGUUGUACUGCAAGUUGGAAGUAAAGUAAAUAAAAGGCAAAGUGUAGUAUUAUUAAUUAUGAAUAUGAUUAAAAAUGAUGUAAUAUAAUAAUAAUAAAAUGGCAUCACUUAUUUAAAGUAAAGAAGAAUCGAAUCGUAUAGAAAUUCUAUUCAUGCAUUUCUUAAUGAAAAUAAAGUAUAUGAUUGUUUACCAAAGAAUUCUUAAGUAGUUGUUAUUGAUAAGAAUUUUUCAUGUUUAGAAGCUAUAAAUUUAGUUGUUAAAAAUGAUUUUGAAGAGGCUUUAAUUUGGAAUUAAGAUACUGCAUAAUUUGAUGGAAUUAUCACAUAUUCAGAUAUUGUUAAUAUUAUAUUAAAAGGUUAUAAAAAUGUAGUUUUAGAACAAAAUUAAUAAAAUCAUAAAUAAACUCUUUUAAAAGAUCUUUAAAAAUUAAAUGUUAGAGGAUGGCUAAGAGUUUUAAAUUAAGAAAAAUAUGAAUAUAAAAAAUUAAUAACAGUAAAUUUGGAAGCUCCUUUAUAAGAAGCAUGUACAAAAAUGAUAGAAUAAAAAAUACAUAGGAUUUUAGUAAUUGAUAAUGAGAGUUAAUUAGUUGUAGGAAUUCUAACUUAUAAAGAUAUUUUACUGUUUUUGGUUAGAAAUCUUACUUAAGAUUUUAAUAAUGAUUCAUAUAAUAAUUCUUAUGAUUUAUAAAUUUAAAGUAUUUCCAAAUAAGUUAAUAGUAAUUAACAUGUCCUAAGCUUUAAUUAUAAUGAUUCUACUUAUAAUUGCUUUGAUACUAUGAUGAAUAAAUGGAAAAUCUCCUCUGUACCUAUUACUGGAGAAAAUAAUGUAUAUAAAGGAUUAAUCCAUAGAAGAGAUAUUGUUUUUAUUUGGAAAAAUUAAGAUUUUGCAAUAGUAUUUUUUUAAACGGCUUGAGUAGACCUAUAAGUGAGUUUAUUUAGUUUUUAAAAGAAAAGAAAUAAUAAUAUAAACUUAUGAGCUUAAAUAUGUGUGAGUUUUUUGAAUAAACUGAUUGUGUGAGAAAAAUUGUUGAGAAUUUAUUUCUAGCUUAAGGAAAUAGACUUGUUAAUAUAAAUAAAUAAAAUUAAUAGGUUUAAAUGUUUAUAACAUUA